UGUUUACAAAACGUAAAUCGUAAUUUGUUUCUUCAAUUUUCAAAAUUAUUUUCACUCUAUAUAAACAACUAACAAGUACAAUCUUACAGACUAUUCUUUCAUCGACAAAAAGUUAUUGUAUUUAAUAAGUUCUAAAUUUUUAAAUUAUUAUAUCUACAAUCUUAUUCCAUGUCUAUUAUUUUUUUUUAAAUAAUUACAAAGAAAGAUAUUAAUACCAAUGUAUUCGUUGGCCUACAAAUACAGUAAUGCUCAUGAUGAUAGCAUUUGGGCAUGCGAUUGGGGUGAAAUACAUACUACGAAGCCUACUGAACGAUAUGAUGAUGAUAAAGGUGAUGAAUCAGAUGACGAACAUCAAGAUUUAGCGACGGAUUGCAUAGUUACUGGUUCGAUAGAUGAAACGGUUAAAAUUUGGAACUAUGAUAAAGCCACUGAUCUCACUCAUAAUAAAACACUCAGUGAACAUUCUUUGGGUAUCAUAUCAGUAGCUCUAAAUUCUGAUUCAUCAAUAAUUGCUUCCAGUGCUUUAGAUGCUACUCUUGUGCUAUGGAAAACAUCAAAUGGAGAGAAAAUCAAAACAUUUUCUAUUGGACCAGUUGAAUUAUGGACAAUUGCAUUUUCACCUGAUGAUAAUUAUAUUAUUUCGGGUAGCCACUCUGGUAAAAUUAAUUUAUUUGGAGUUGAAACAGGAAAACAAGAACAAACGUUUGAUACUAGAGGAAAAUUUACAUUAAGUAUAGCAUAUAGUCCUGAUGGAAAAUAUAUUGCAUGUGGAGCUCUUGAUGGUAUUAUAAAUGUUUUUGAUGUAAUAUCAGGUAAGCUUACCCACACACUUGAAGGACAUGCUAUGCCUAUCCGAUCUUUAUGUUUUUCAUCGGAUUCAAAAUUCCUAUUGACGGGAGCUGAUGAUGGUCAAAUGAAAAUUUAUGCUGUUCAUCAUGCUGAAGUACUAGCUACUGUCUCUGGUCACGGUUCAUGGGUGUUAAGUGUAGAUUUCUCGCCAGAUUGUAAAAGUUUUGUUUCAGGCAGUGCAGACAAUACAGUUAAAGUUUGGGAUGUAGCUAACCGUAGUUGUUUAAAUACUUUAAAAGAACAUAAAGACAAAGUAUGGUGUGUUAAAUAUAAUUCAACGGGUGACAAAAUGGUUUCUGUUUCAGAAGAUGCAUCAAUUAAUAUAUAUUCGUCACCGUAAUUUAUAAGAUAUAUGAUAAAAUUGUUUAGUUUAAUGUAUUUGUGAAUUGUGAUCAUCAAUAAACUUUCAUUUCAAGUAAUCUUAAGUAAUAUAACGUAUCUGUGCA